GAUGGGCUUUCGUUAUGCGGUCCAUGGAAAGAUAGCAAAUUUAGAGGGAGAGUAAUCAAUCAUACUUCUUCUACUCCUGCUUGGAUUCGCACAUUUCCACUCUCGUUACGCUGUGCCUUUUAGUUCUCUCUAUCAUCGUCUCACGGAAAUUCAGUUUGGUUGCAACUCAGAAAUUUCAAUGAUAGACAAAUAGUGGAUCGGGUAGGAAAAUCUUUCCAUGGCUUGAAGUUUUUUCAUGCUUUGUGGGCUUUCCUCCUUUUGCAUUGGUAAAUGGCAACUCUUCCACUAUCAUUUGUAAUACAGUCCCAUUUUCUGACCGGUGCAACCACGCAAUACUCUAAAUUGAUAGCUGCCGCUCAUUAUAAUUAUGGGAAAAAAAUAACACAUAGCUUAAAGAAAAUGGAUAGGGAAAGAAACCUAGUUUGUGAAGAAAUUGUAAAUAGUUCCCCCAAAAUUUCUUCCCAGUAUCGCAGUUUGGAACAGCUUUCUUCAUCACAAAAUUCUGUUGUUCAAACUGAAGAAAGGUCAUCAACUUAUCUGUUUAGGACAGAAACUGGUGGUCAGGUGAAGGUUUUUGUUGGAAGGAAAAAUACCAAAUAUGUAGUGCAAGUUGAAGUUUCAAACUUGCAACUGCGCAGCAGUAACAAGGAUAAGUUGGUAAUGAGUUGGGGCAUAUUCAGAUCUGAUUCAUCCCUUUUCAUGCCUCUAGGCUUUCAAAAUUCAUCUCCAGAUGCCAGAUCUGGUAUCACUGAGACCUCAUUUGUGCAAAAGUCCUCGGGCAAGCUUGUGGUUGAGUUGGACUUUGAAUCGAGUUUAGCCCCCUUCUACCUCUCGUUUUUACUGAAGUCUCCUUUAGAAGGGGAUUCAAGAACCUUAGAAAUCAGAAGCCAUAGGAAUAAAAAAUUUUGUUUCCCAGUUGGUUUUGGAUCAGGUUGUCCUGCUCCUUUGGGUCUAUCCUUUUCAGCUAAUGGUUCCAUGAAUUUCGCCCUCUUCUCACGAAAUGCAGAAAGUGUGGUUUUGUGCUUGUAUGAUGACACCUCGACAGAGAAACCUGCUCUUGAGAUCGAUCUGGAUCCAUAUGUCAAUCGCUCGGGUGACAUCUGGCAUGUCUCAAUGGACAGUGAAAUGCACUUUGUAGGCUAUGGUUAUCGAUGCAAGAGGGGCGUUCAGCAAAGUGGAGACAAAUUUCAAGCAGAACACAUUCUUUUGGAUCCAUAUGCUAAGAUAAGUACAAAUUUCAUUCCCGCUCAUCAUGGAUCAGGCUUGCUUCUGAAAUAUCUUGGACUAUUGGACAAGGUUCCUGCUUUUGAUUGGAGUGGUGACAUUCGUCCUGGCUUACCAAUGGAGAAACUAGUAGUUUAUCGCUUAAAUGUUAUGCGUUUUACAAAGGACAAGUCCAGCAAGUUAGCAAAUAAUGUUGCUGGUACUUUCUCUGGUAUUACUGAGAAGUUGCACCAUUUCAAAGACCUUGGGGUGAAUGCAAUCUUAUUGGAACCAAUUUCCCUCUUUGAUGAGCAGAAAGGACCUUAUUUUCCAUGCCAUUUCUUUUUGCCGAUGAACCUGUAUGGACCCCCUGGUGACCCUUUAUCCACUAUUAAUUCGAUCAAGGAGAUGGUGAAAAAAUUGCAUGCAAAUGGAAUGGAGGUCUUCCUAGAGGUUGUUUUUACCCAUACGGCUGAGGGUGGGGUACUGAGAGAGAUUGAUAACUCAUCCUAUUAUUAUGGAAGUGGUGGUAAAGAUUUGAAAGCCCGAAAUGCUUUGAAUUGUAAUUACCCUAUAGUCCAACAGAUGAUUUUGGAUAGUCUUCGGCAUUGGGUUAUUGAGUUUCACAUUGAUGGAUUUUGUUUCAUAAAUGCUUCAUAUCUACUGAGAGGGUUUCAUGGUGAAAUGCUGUCCCGUCCUCCUUUGGUUGAAGCAAUUGCUUUUGAUCCAUUACUCUCAAAGGCAAAGAUCAUUGCAGACUGCUGGGACCCAAAUGACAUGGCACCAAAGGAAGUUUGUUUUCCUCAUUGGAAGAGAUGGGCAGAAAUAAACAACAAAUUUUGUGACGAUGUUAGAAAUUUUUUGAGGGGUGAGGCUCUUCUUAGUGACCUUGCAACGCGGCUCUGCGGAAGUGGGGACCGCUUUCUGAAUGGGCGAGGCCCAGCAUUCUCCUUCAAUUUUAUUGCCCGAAAUUCUGGACUUGCUCUUGUGGACUUAGUCAGCUUCAGUACCAGUGAGCUAGCUUCACAGUUAAGCUGGAAUUGUGGGGAAGAAGGCCUGACAAGUAAAACCACCGUCCUUGAAAGACGACUCAAACAAAUCCGUAAUUUCCUAUUCAUCUUGUUUGUUUCUCUGGGCGUCCCCAUCCUCAACAUGGGAGAUGAGUGCGGUCAGUCUUCCGGGGGUUCACCUGCAUACAAAGACAGAAAAUCUUUUGAUUGGAAUGCAUUAGGAACUGCUUUUGCUAUUCAGACCACACAGUUUAUUUCAUUCUUGAGUUCACUAAGAGUGAGGCGAAGUGAUCUGCUUCAGAAACGGAACUUCUUGAAAGAAGAAAAUAUUGACUGGCAUGGAAGCGACCAGUCCCCACCAAGAUGGGAUGACCCAUCAAGCAGAUUCCUGUCCAUGACAUUGAAGGCUGACAAAGAGGAGAGCAAGCUGGACGCGGAUUCUUCUCAUUUGAGCGGUGACUUGUUCAUUGCCGUUAAUGCUGCUGAUCAUCCAGAGAGUGUUAUUCUACCCCCACCUCCCGCGGAGAUGGUAUGGCUUCGUUUGGUUGACACAGCCCUUCCUUUUCCGGGAUUCUUCUCCAAAGAUGGUGAACCAAUCCUCGAGAAGACAGGUGAUUUAGUCACCUAUGAAAUGAAGUCUCACAGUUGUAUCCUGUUUGAAGCCAAAAGCCUAAGUGAUUGAAACAUGUUUUCCCUGCUCAAACCACAACCAUCCCCGCUAGCCCCCAAUAAACGAACAACCAUUCACAAACACGACUGGAAAAAAUAAAAAAUAAAAGAAUUCUUUUCUCUUCGACCUUUGUAAUCAUGGGAGGAGGUCCCUUUCGUUAUCGAAUAAUGAUUUAAUAAAAGUUCAGGAGUUACAGCAAAUAAGGAUGUCUGCAGAAGGGUAUAGGUAUAGUGAAUUAUGUAAUUAUUCACUCUCUUUGAAUUAGAGUUUGUAUGUAUUUUCUUUCCCUCCACAGUGACAGAUUUUUGCAGAAUGUUCAUAGAAAUUCUUACUGGUUCGAGGUGAUCAUACUGGUAUGCAAUGCAUGUGUUGGUUCAAUUUUU